ACCUGGCUUGUAAUUUCACUAUGAAUUUAAUAGUGAACAUGUCACCCAACACCUAGUGACAUGGUUGCAAUUGAGUUAUCCAUCAUAAUGUCGUAUAAAUGCUACUAUCUUAAAUACGUCUGCCACAAAUGUUUUUUUUUUUCUUAAUAGAAUUAGCCAUACUCUGCCUGCUUAUAAUGGAUUAUUGGCAGAACAAUUUUGAUUGUCCGUGUAGUAUUGCCUAUAAGAGACAGAGGACAUGAGGAAGCUGCUGGUUUCAGGAAACAAGUUUUACAAAUGAAAUUGCACCGUGAGUUGAGAAUCACAAGAAACUAACAGCCAUGGAUGUGGACACGGCUUUUCUCAAAUCCACAAGGGGAGUCCUGAAAGUAGCAGAGACGGUGACUCUGUUAGUAGCACUUGUGUGUUUUGCUGCAGCUUCUACACCAACGUACAUUGCGGCUACAGUGAUGGAGUUUGUGAUCACUUUGCUUCUGCUGUUGCUGUACCUACUGAAACUCAACAAGAUGGUGACUUUCUUCUUUUGGCCUCUCAUUGAUGCUUUCAAUUCAGUCUUUGCAGCAUUCUACUUUGUUGUCUUGAGCCUGCUGGCUCUGACUACAUACACUGUCACAGGCACAUUGGUUGGAGGGUUGGUCUCCUCACUGCUGGCCUGCUGUGUAUGGACAGCUGCACACUCUUCAAGACCAUCACAUUCAACAAUCACAGAAGUGAACUCCCAAAUGAAGCAGCACAUGAAACCAAAUAAGAGUAUGCUAUGUAAACAUUACCAAGUUGACCCCCCCCCCCCCCCCUCCCCCUCAGCCGUGAAAUCUGAAUAACUGAAGGUAAUGCAGGCUGGAAUCAAUA